AUGCUCUCAAGUGCAAAGAGUGUGUCAGCUGCCAUUGGUGUUCCUGCCUUGGUUAUCGUCUUAUCCCAUGUCAAGUCUUGGCCAUUAAGCUAUACUUUACGCUCUUGGUGGUUACUACGCUCGCUCGUCAAAGAGGCUAAUGAACGAGGUCUUGAGCCUGAAGUACUAUUCACAGUCGUCUCGCAGAAGCAUCGAUGUUUGUAUGAUGAUAUCGAUUACAAUCAACACAUGAACAAUAGCACGUUCAACAAGAUCCUUGACUUUGGCCGGAUACAGCUAUUGUACAGCAUUAUGCCGCGUAUCAUGAUGGAGCCUCAUCACCAUAUCUUUUGCCACAAUGCUGGUGUGAUGACCUUGUUCAAGAAUGAGAUAAGACCAUGGACGCAAUACACCAUGCAAACACGUGUGUGGACUUGGAAUGAAAAAUGGCUAUGGAUACAGCAUCGUUUUCUUUUGCCUGAUGGUGAAGUAGCAUGCUUGGCUGUCAGCAAAUUGGUCUUCAAACUUAUCACUGGCAAAACGGUGCCCCCUGUGCAAGUAUUCGAAUUAUGCGGACACGAUGUGACCGAUCCAAUUGCUGAAGAACGACGACAUCGAAAUUGGCAAGCCGCAGCCGGAUUGCUUGAAGCAGACAAAGCGUUACGAGAAGAUCCUUUCAGCUGGGAUGAUUAUGGUCCUUUUGUAACCAAGGAUGGUCCUUUCGUCACCAGGGCUUCCAAACUCUGA